GCCUUCAACUCCUGGGUCGUGUUCAAUAGGCACCAAACAGAAGAAAAAUGGACUGAAAUUGGAAGAACGCUCAUUCUCAUUUUCCUUUGCAAAUAUAACUAUAAAUUAUUCUGAAUGUUCCUCUGCAACAUUAGCCACACUUUCCGUAUAAGACAGGUUUCUGCUGUCUGUGGUUUUCCUGCGAACAAGCUCCACAUCUACUUCUCUAUUCAAACAACCCUCUCUGACACAGUCACCAUCUUCUGUGAAGUCAGACUAACAGUCUGUAGAUGUCUGACAAAUGGCGUUAUUCAUCCCUGAUAUGGCUGGUCAUCUGUUUUUGGUCAUCCUCCUUUUCGACACCUUCCAAUACAUCGAAGCCCAAGACCUUCCUCCUCCCAGUCUGACAGUCAGCUCUGCAGUCAUCAACGAGAUAGACUCAGUUCAGCUGAGUUGUGAGACGCCUCCAUCUCUCCAUGUGUCUCAAUGUUACUUCUACAUAGAGGGGGGGAAGAAUCUUACAGACUCAUCCUGUACUCAGACACUCACAGGAACAGAGCUGCUCAAGAGGUCUGGUCCAACAUUUCCAGCUGUGGUCAAAGUGAAGUGUUACUAUACUAUAGAGAGGUCUCACACAUCUCCCUUUAGUUACCCUGUCUCAGUUACUGUUCAGGACCCACCUCCUCCCAGGCUGACAGUCAGCUCUACAGUCAUCAGAGAGAGAGACUCAGUUCAGCUGAGCUGUCAGACUCUUCCAUCUGUCACUGUGUCUCACUGUUACUUCUACAUAGAGGGGAUAUUUAUUUAUCUACCUGACUCAUCCUGUACUCAGACACUCACAGGAAUUGAGCUGCUCAAGAGGGCAGAUCAAACAUUUUCAGCUGUGGUCAAAGUGAUGUGUUACUACGCGGUAGAGAGUACUCACACAUCUCCAUUAAGUGACCCUGUCUCAGUCAUUAUUCAGGGUGAACUACAGAAACCAGACAUUGAUAUCAAUGACGAAUCUUCUCAUGACAUCACCAUUAUUUGUGUACUUCCUGAGUCUGUCAGUAAUGUUCAUAGCUGUAACCUGUACACUGGAGACCAGCCUCAGGCCUACAAAGAGGCUCAGGCCAUUAUGAUGAGGUGGAAGUCAUCCGUGAGAAUACUCUGUACCUUCAGUGUGUCUAAGAAUGAUCUGUUCAGUCGUCUGCAGGAGAGGAGAGAUGUGAGCUGUGACUACAGAGAGAACACAGGAUCUCUCUCUCUCUCUCCACACAGUGAUCUAUAUAACUUUACAGGUCAAAGCUCCACAGACAUUGUUGUGAAUUCAACAGUCCAGAAAGUGUUCCAGCUGUGCAAAUACGGCAGGCUAGUAGUGGGUGUGGCUUCUGGGGUGGGCGUGUUCCUGAUGGGAUUGACAGCUGUCUGUCUCUGCAGGAAGACCAAGAAAAGCAAUUCUCAGAGACCUACAGCCAGACAGGAUGAUCACAGCCUAAUGUGA